AUUUUGUUACAUUCAACAAGCGGUCUACGUAAUGGCUCACAGGUCGACUUAAUGGCUCAAGUAGUCGAUCUCAUGUCAGUUUUUUUGUAUAUAAUCCAUUUUGUUUGUAAUUGCUUACCUUUCUUUUGCGUAUUGAUAUAUGAUUUUGAUUUCGAUUUUACAAUAUGGAUAAUGAAGAAACAAACAUGGAAGAUGGUACUCAGAACGUCAAGCAUGAAGAAAUAAACAUGGAUGAUGGUACUCAGAAGGUUAAGCAUGAAGAAACAAACAUGGACGAUGAAGAUGACAUGCAUAGAGGGAACGAUGAAGAAACUGGGCAUGAAGAAGCAACUAUUCACUAUGAUUACGAGGUAGAUGAAGAGCGUGAGGACAAGCCAAUGGCGUAUGCAGAUGAUUCAACUCCACCAGUCACCCUCAACGCGAUAUGCGAUCACAUGACUUAUUUAAAGCAACUAUGAUUGUGGAUUGAGAUUGAUUCGUUGUGGUUUUGGAUUUGAGAUAUGUGUGAACUAUUGUGAGGUGUGUUUAUUCUGUUUUGGUGAUAAUGAUUAAGCUUUUAAGAAGAAAUGGUUUCUUGCAACUAUAAUUGUCAAUUGAUGUUUAAAAUUCCUAUAGUAGUUUGUUAGAUUUCAGAAGGUGCAUUUUAUUCUGGGUCUUAUGAUGUCGACUGGACUAUUACAAAGGUCGAUCUGAAUAAGCAACAAUUCAUGGUUGUUGUUCUUGUAGAAGGUCAAUCGUAAAACCAAUCAUUUUAAUCUACCAAGAGGAUUGUUUGUUAAGUUUGAGGGUCUAGCACCCUUUCGUAUGGUCAACUUCUUCUUAGGAAUGGUCAACCUCUUAUUGAUAUGGUAGACCACUUUGCUGGAAAGGUUAACAUUUUUUAAUUAAGAAUCUUUUAUGCA